UUUGCUAGAACAUUUUCACUCCUUCUCCGACAUUCCUCCAGAAACUUCUCAUCUCUCCCUAUAAAUAUCCCCAAAACCUUCAUCUUCUUCCAUCAAAAUCACCGCACAAAAAACCGAUUUAGAAAAAUACCACAAAACAAGCCAAGAAGAUCAUCAAUCGGAUCAGCCAUGGAUUUCAGAAUCUUGGGAUUGGACUCUCCACUCUUCACCACACUCAACCAGAUGGUCGAUCCCUCCGACGAAUCCAACGACCACAAAUCCUUCAACGCUCCGACCAGGACCUACGUCCGCGACGCGAAGGCGAUGGCGGCGACUCCGGCGGACGUGAAGGAGUACCCGAACUCGUACGUCUUCAUCAUCGACAUGCCGGGGCUGAAGUCCGGCGACAUCAAGGUUCAGGUGGAGGACGACAAUGUGCUUCUGAUCAGCGGCGAGAGGAAGAGAGAGGAGGAGAAAGAAGGAGCCAAGUACGUUAGGAUGGAGAGGAGAGUCGGAAAGUUCAUGAGGAAGUUUGUGUUGCCGGAGAAUGCUGAUACCGACUCGAUCUCCGCCGUUUGCCAGGACGGUGUUCUGACUGUUACGGUGAAGAAGCUUCCGCCGCCGGAGCCGAAGAAGCCGAAGACGAUUGAGGUUAAGAUUGCUUGAAUAUGAUUAUGAAUGAAUGAAUGAAUGUAUGUGGUUUGUUUGUUAUGGCUGGCUGUUUGGUUAGGGGUAUGUUUGGGUAUGAGGAAUGUUCUGUUUGGUGUGCUUAUUUUGUGUUUGUUUUUUUUGCUUAUUCCUAGUAGUUGUAUGAACUUUGCACCAAAUUUCAAUCAAAUUAGUACUGUUUUUUCUUUCU